AGGUGUUUGCAUCGAGAAGCGGACAGCUACGGAAGUGGUGAAAUUCUCGCAACUCGCCCUCUCCACCUCCGCCGGAACCGCUGCCACCUGACCUUCCUUUUUCAUCUCUCACUCUUCAAUCUCCAUUGCAUUUCUUUCAACACGAAGAACGAGUUUUAAUUCCACUGUUUUACAAGAACUACAGAUUUGAUAAUUGGAUGUAACCGUUGUAACUUUUUUAUUUGUUCCAAGUGGAUUUUGGAAUUUCAAAAUUUCAGUGAGUGCGCGAGCGAUUUUGGGGGAAUAUGCAUGUUAAAGGCGUUUGACUACUGUCCGAAUCACUGAAUUUUUGUUUCAACUUCCAAGAGGCGAUUUGAUCAGAAAUGGCUGGGAACGAGUGGAUAAAUGGCUAUUUGGAAGCGAUAUUGGAUACUGGUGCUUCCGCCAUUGAAGAACAGAAGCCGACGCCGGCGAAUUUGAGCGACAGAGGCCAUUUCAAUCCGACGAAAUACUUCGUCGAGGAAGUCGUCAGCGGCGUCGAUGAAUCGGACCUUCAUCGGACAUGGCUGAAGGUCGUCGCCACUCGCAAUACGCGCGAACGGAGCUCCAGGCUCGAGAAUAUGUGUUGGCGGAUUUGGCAUCUCACGCGCAAGAAGAAACAGUUGGAAUGGGAGGAGCUUCAACGGUUAACAAAAUGGAGAUUGGAGCGGGAACUAGGACGGAUGGAUGUAACAGAAGAAAUGUCAGAAGACUUAUCAGAAGGAGAAAAGGGGGACGCCGUGGGUGAAACGGUGCAAAAUGAGACCGUGCAGAGCGAGGCCUCAAAGGUUCCGCUCCAGAGGACUAUUUCCAACUCAGAAGUUUGGUCGGAAGAAGAAGAUAAAAGUGAAAGGAAACUUUAUAUUAUUCUUAUCAGCUUGCACGGUUUGGUUCGGGGAGAUAACAUGGAGCUUGGUUGUGAUUCUGACACUGGUGGACAGGUCAAGUAUGUUGUAGAGCUUUCUCGUGCUCUAGCACAAAUGCCAGGGGUAUAUAGGGUGGACCUUUUUACGAGGCAGAUCUUGUCACCCGAAGUUGAUUGGAGCUAUGGUGAGCCAACGGAGAUGCUAAGUGCAGGAACGGGAGAUGGGGAAGGUGAUAUCGGAGAAAGCAGUGGAGCGUAUAUCGUAAGGAUUCCGUUCGGUCCACGGGAUAAGUAUCUCCAAAAAGAAUUACUGUGGCCCCAUAUCCAAGAGUUUGUAGAUGGAGCUUUAGCUCAUGUUCUUAAUAUGUCCAAAGCUUUAGGUGACCAAAUUGGUGGUGGUCAGCCUGUUUGGCCAUAUGUCAUCCAUGGACAUUAUGCCGAUGCUGGGGAUAGCGCUGCUCUUCUCUCAGGUGCUUUGAAUGUUCCGAUGGUGCUGACGGGACACUCGCUUGGAAGAAACAAGCUCGAACAGCUUCUUAAGCAGGGACGCCAAUCGAAAGAAGAUAUUAAUUCAAACUAUAAGAUAAUGAGGAGGAUUGAAGCAGAAGAGCUUUCUCUUGAUGCUGCAGAACUUGUGAUUACAAGCACCAAACAGGAGAUCGAAGAGCAAUGGGGACUUUAUGAUGGAUUUGAUGUCAAACUCGAGAAGGUAUUACGUGCACGUGCUCGACGUGGAGUCGUUUCCCAUGGUCGAUACAUGCCGAGGAUGGUGGUCAUUCCGAAAGCGAUUCCGAUGAUAUGGUCUGAUGUGAUGCGUUUUCUUACAAACCCCCAUAAACCGAUGAUAUUGGCAUUGUCGAGGCCAGACCCGAAGAAGAAUAUAACGACUCUCUUGAAAGCGUUUGGAGAGUGUCGUCCAUUGAGAGAACUUGCUAAUCUAACGCUGAUCAUGGGAAAUAGGGAAGAUAUUGAUGAGAUGUCGGCUGGUAAUGCUAGCGUGCUCACAACAGUUAUAAAGUUUAUCGAUAAAUAUGAUCUAUACGGUCAAGUUGCAUAUCCGAAACAUCAUAAGCAAUCCGAUGUUCCAGACAUAUAUCGACUCGCAGCAAAAACAAAGGGUGUUUUCAUUAAUCCAGCACUGGUCGAACCGUUCGGACUUACCUUGAUUGAGGCUGCCGCGCACGGGCUCCCGAUGGUGGCAACUAAGAACGGCGGACCGGUUGACAUUCAUGAAGCCCUACACAAUGGUCUUCUUGUUGAUCCUCAUGAUCAGCAAGCAAUUUCUGAUGCUUUGCUGAAAUUACUAUCAGAGAAGAACUUGUGGAAUGACUGUAGGAAAAAUGGUUUGAAGAACAUACACCUGUUCUCCUGGCCAGCGCAUUGCCGCACGUACAUGACUCGAGUGGCAGCCUGUCGAAUGAGGCACCCGCAGUGGCAGACCAUCACCCCGGGGGAUGAAAUAUCCACAGAGGAAUCCUUCAAUGAUUCUCUUAAGGAUGUACAAGAUAUGUCGCUUAGACUUUCGGUUGAUGGAGAAAAAACAUCGCUGAACACCUCGGUGGAUGUAGCUGCAUCCAUUGAUGACCCUGAUUUGCAGGACCAAGUGAAGCGAGUUUUGAACAAGAUAAAGAGGUCGGGGAACGAACAGGCAGACGCCGAAAAGGGGAACAAAAUGCUGGAGAAUAUCCCUGGAAAGUAUCCGGUUUUGAGACGACGACGCAGGUUGAUCGUUAUAGCACUUGACUGCUAUGACAGCAAUGGUGCUCCAGAAAAGAAGAUGAUCAAGAUAUUGCAGGAGAUUAUUAAAGCUGGUAAUCUCGACACUCAGGUUGCACGUGCUUCGGGUUUCGCUCUAUCAACAGCAAUGCCAUUAGCAGAGACCAUAGAAUUCUUAAGGUCUGGAAAGAUCCAACUAAACGAAUUUGAUGCCUUGAUCUGCAGCAGUGGCAGUGAGGUUUACUACCCAGGUUCUUAUGAAGAAGAUGGAAAACUGUACCCUGAUCCAGAUUACGCAACGCAUAUUGAUUAUCGUUGGGGAUGCGACGGUUUGAGGAAAACGAUUCUUAAGUUACUGAAUGCAUCUGAAGAUGAUUCGGACAAAUUUCGUAGUCCGGUUCAGGAGGAUAAAACAUCAAGUAAUGCACAUUGCAUCUCUUACUUAAUAAAGAAUCCCAGUAAGGCAAUGAAAGUUGAUGAUUUGAGGCAAAAACUCCGGAUGCGUGGGCUUCGGUGCCAUCCAAUGUAUUGCCGAACGUCGACUCGAAUGCAAAUUGUUCCGUUACUUGCAUCAAGAGCUCAGGCUCUCAGGUAUCUUUUCGUGCGAUGGAGACUAAACCUUUCGAACAUGUACGUAUUUCUCGGGGAGGAAGGGGACACCGACUAUGAAGAGAUGAUAGCGGGGACUCACAAGACGAUAAUCAUGAAAGGAAUGACGAGCAAGGGGUCGGAAGAUCUGCUGAGGACAUCAGGAAGCUAUGCAAGAGAUGACAUAGUUCCAGGUGAGAGCCCACUGGUGACAUUCGUUAAUGGGGAUGCAAAUGCUGAAGAGAUUGCAGGUGCUAUUAAGAAAGUUUCAUUAUCUGCCUCCAAAAUGUGAGCUUUCUUGCUUCAUUCAGCUUCCUUUUACUCUGCUUUCUUCUUCUUUUUUUCUUUCUUUCUUUUUUCUCUUUGUAUGGUGUUUAUAGCUGUUGAGCUUAAGAACUUGCUAUUGUUGUUGAAGAUUAUAUGUUCAUUACCAUCUUUCUUCUUUA